CAUUAAACAUACACACCAUUUCAAGUACCAGCCCUGCUCCCUCACCCUCUCUCGUACAGCCAAUGGUGAACUCCUAAACCUCUUUGAUGGACCCUAAACUGCACCAAACCAUCCUUCUCUCUAGCUUCAAGCUCAUACCAUUCAUCUUUAUUGCAGUGUUUCUCUUGUCAACUCCAUCGGCAUCACAACUCUCUUCAGAUUUCUACUUGUUCUCAUGUCCAAAUGUAGAACGGCUUGUAAGGAACACCGUGGAGUCGGCUUCUGCGCUUGACUCCACCAUUCCAGGCAAACUCCUUCGCCUCCUCUUCCAUGACUGCUUAAUUGAGGGAUGUGAUGCUUCUGUGCUGAUACAAGGGAAAGGGACCGAGAGGAGCGAUCCCGCAAACAAGUCGCUCGGUGGAUUCUACGUGGUAGAUUCAGCAAAGGAAUUGCUUGAAGUCCUGUGCCCUGGAACUGUGUCUUGUGCUGACAUCCUGGUUCUUGCUGCAAGGGAUGCUGUGGAACUGACAGGAGGUCCUUCGGUUGCGGUUCCACUGGGAAGAAGAGAUGGAUUGGUUUCAUCAGCUUCAAAUGUCAGGCCAAACAUGGUGGACACGAGCUUCUCUGUCGACGAGUUGGCUCAACGCUUCACCUCCAAAGGAUUGUCCAUGGAUGACCUUGUAGUCCUUUCAGGUGCUCAUACCGUCGGUUCAUCUCACUGCGACGCGUUCAGCGAGCGGUUCAAGCAGAGUUCCAAUGGAACCAUGGUGCCCGUCGACACUUCUCUGGAGAAAGGCUACGCAAAGCAGCUCGCCGAGACAUGCCGGGCCGGUGCAAGCGCCACCACCAUGGUCGACAACGAUCCUUCGACUCCCUCUUUGUUUGAUAACCAGUACUACGUCAAUCUGCUGGCCAACAGGGGCCUUCUCCAUUCGGACUCGGUCCUGGUCACCGAUGCCAGAACAAGGAGAACAGUGGAGGCCUUUUCCGAGAGCCAGGAUGCCUUCUUCAUGAGCUGGGCGGAGUCAUUCGUGAAGCUCUCCAUCAUCGACGUCAAGACGGGCGACGAUGGGGAGAUUAGAUUUUCUUGCUCCAGUGUGAAUGGCUAGAGAGGAUGAUAACUCAUCGUGGAUUCGUUGUGCAGUUCUUUCAAUCUUUGGUUCUACUCUAUCCUUCCUCUCAGGAUCUCUUCAUCAACUACUUGUUUCUCCAUAAGCGUGGCAAAUAUCACUUGCAUCAGAUAAUGUGAAACCAGCAUAAGAAAUUCCCUUGUCA